UGAAUUUAUGAGUGCACAAAUUAAAAAUGUAUUGUUUUUUAGAACUGGCAGCACUGCACCUGUAAUCUGUCCACCGGCGAAAUCUCCUGUACACAAAACAAUCAGCUGAAGCCUACAAUAUUUUAUUUAUUUAAUUUUGCACAUUAUAAACAAAAUUGGCAUUAUUACAAAUGGAUAUCACACUCGCACUAUUAAAACCUCACGUGGUCCGCAAUGUCUACGCAUUCCAACAGAUUAAGCAAAUAAUUCAUCAGAACUUCACAGUACUGCACUCCAAGGAGGUUCAUAUUACGAAACAGCUUUCUGAACAUUUUUAUGCUGAGCACAAAGGCAAAUUCUUUUACAACCGAUUGGUUACAUUUAUGGGAAGCGGUCCGUGCCAUGCAUUUAUACUGCAAUCGAAAGACAGCAUAGCCAAAUGGCGUGAACUAAUGGGUCCAACAAAAGUUUAUAAGGCUGUGUAUUCCCAUCCAGAUUGCAUUCGCGGGUUAUAUGGUCUAUCCGAUACUCGUAAUGCGUGUCAUGGUUCUGAUAGUGAGGAAUCCGUGGCACGUGAGAUUUCUAUCAUAUUUCCGGAGUUAGAUAAGAAUCGGUUAUCUGCUGUUGAUAGUUAACAGAUGAAAGGGUGUAUGCCAAGCUGUUGAUCAGCCGUACUCGGCGAGUGGAACUUGUGUACUGCAGUCGCUUGGGAAAAUUAGUUUUCAGGAUACGUUGCAAUUCAGUGAUAAGUGUUUAAAACAUAAUUUUAAAAUGCAUUUAUCGUUGUGACGCAUAUACUCGUACAUAUGUAUGUAUGUAGUUUAAGAUAUAUAAGUAGAGUACGUUAUAUAGUUUUUAAUUUGCUGCAUUGUUAAUUAAAAAGUGAAAUAUAGGCUUUAUUUAUUAAACAGUGGGUCAAACACAGUGCCUCAAAAGAUUA